UUCCUAUAAUAGUCCUCUCAUAUCAUGACGCGGCUCAUGCCCCCCAAUGAACCUCAUCCGGCACAUUCGGCGCGAUGUCUGCGCCACGACAGGCAACCAAUUAGCAUGAAAAAUGUAUCCCACUUAGGCGCCCACAGGUCGCUUAAGCCUUCUCUGUACUACGCAUUGGUGCAUCUAUGGGAUAGGCGGUGCAUGACAGCAGUUAAAGGGCACAUAAGGUAAUGAUGUGAGCUAGUAGGACACGGGCAGUUUGAAGAACACUCAAAUGGCGUCAAUGGAAACUAGGUUCGUGCGGUAUCCGGCCGAACUGCCAACAAGCCUCAGUUUUGUGAGCCGAAAAGCCUUGAAGAAAUCCACUGCCUGCAUUCAAGCUCUUGCAGCCUGCCCAAGGCUCUUAUUACCCGAAACUCCGCAGAUGAGGAUGCAAGAAAAUCCCUCUAAAUCGUCGCGGAGGAAACCCCUUUGCAAGCAAGGGGACACAGCGCUCGGGUAUUGGCCAAACAAGUCUUGUCGCAAAACGUAUAGCGAUUUUGUCUGGCUGGGCUUGAUAUUGGUGCUGUCGAUGAUUUGACCUCUGCUCUUUGUCGUGCCCUAGAACCCCUCGGGCUCUGACUAUGGCGCCAAUCAAAAGAAGCUAUCUGCAGGUUUUCCGGGCUUUCUGCAAGAGCAUGCAGGGAGGAGUCUCGGGUUAUGGCGUCUCUUGUCAGACAACGGGCAUGCCCAGCAAAGAUAGAGCAGCUCAUCGUUUGUUGGCGGUCGGGCGGUCGGGCGGUCGGUAAUGGGUAACUGGUGCCAUCGAAUGUGUCUUGAUCGGUCGCAGGAGACUCAGACAAGCAUAGUCUGACCUCUCCCAGUUAAGCCAGCCAUACCCAGUACUUUCAUGGAGCAUAUCUUCGUAAAUCU